UCUUCUCGAAAAUAUUCGUCGUGCUCGCCAUAAUGGCAACAAUGCUCUAUAUGAGGCCUUAGAGGUGGUCCAAAAUGAAAAUAGAUGCUUAAUGCGGUUGGUGGCCUCUCAAAGAAGAAGAAUUCAGAGUUUGGAGACAGAGUUGAUAGAGUUGAGGGCUAAUGCGGUUUCAAGAGUGCAGGACAGGUUAGCAAAUGAUGAGGAGGAAUUAAGAAGGUUAAGGGUGGAGGAAAGAAGAAGGGAGGGAAAUAAUA